AUGUAUAGAGACAAAAAAUUAGACACUAUCAAAAAUCUAAUUUUACACGAUGAUGAUGGUGCUCAUCCAGGAUUAGACCUUUUAAUAAGUGUGAUUUCUUCACCAUCAGAAAUUGUAGUCAGUGAAGAAAUCAAAUCCCUAAGAAAUUUAAAAGAAAUAUUUGAAGAUCCAAAUAAAAAAAUAUAUUUGGAAGUAAUCAUUAGCUUUAUUAAAUUUAAUUCUUCAAGAUUAAUAAAUGAUUUGGAAUUCUUUAAAAUUAGAAAUAAACCAGUAGCACCAUAUGCUGCCACAUGUUUAGAA